AUGCUGUUCAGUUCUGGAAAGCUGUGCAAGAUCGCACUCGCAGUGACCGUUUGCUGUUUGCUGCUCUGCUGUGAUCCGGCUGAAGCAAAUCCGUUACCGGGCAAGGGUAGCAAAACGUUAUCAAGCACCAAGACUGCUGCCAGUAACAGCAAGAAGGCGAAUGCACCGAGACAUUCGCUUGGUACGGGCGCACGGAUGGGAUUGAUUGGAACGGGUGUUGCUGGUGGCGUACUGACCUCCCUUAUAUAAACGCCAAAGAAACAAACAGCGACAUAAUUUGACAAACAGUAAUUGGAAGCCAAAAUUCUUCUCAGUAAAAUCUAAUGUUUCUUUCCAUUUUAUUGGUGCCGUGACAAGGAUCCUAAUUAAAAUUAUAAUAUUACCGACAACAUUGGCGGUAUCACAAUCAUUGCCGCUUGCAAAAUGAUUUGAAAUUGCUUUAACAUAUAGAAAAACGUAAUAUAGCAUCUUUAUUGA